ACGUGGUGUUGCUUCCGUGGUGUGAAGGUGCUUUCAAACUUCGGGUUUCUGUUCCUUUCCCUUGGUUUUUGAAGCGCGUAGAAGAUGGAGACGGAGUCCGGGGCGCAAACAUCAAAUCAGACGCAAACAGAUUCAUUAUCUCCAUCCUCUAAUCCUGUGUCACCUGUGCCUUUGAAUAACCCAACAAGUGCCCCAAGAUAUGGAACAGUGAUCCCUAAUCGCAUCUUUGUAGGAGGAAUUGACUUUAAGACAAAUGAAAAUGAUUUAAGAAAAUUUUUUUCCCAGUAUGGGUCUGUUAAAGAAGUGAAGAUUGUAAAUGACAGAGCUGGAGUGUCCAAAGGGUAUGGUUUCAUCACUUUUGAAACACAAGAAGAUGCACAAAAAAUUUUACAAGAGGCUGAAAAGCUUAAUUAUAAGGAUAAGAAACUGAACAUUGGUCCAGCAAUAAGAAAACAACAAGUAGGAAUCCCUCGUUCCAGUAUAAUGCCAGCAGCUGGAACAAUGUAUCUAACAACUUCAACUGGAUAUCCUUACACUUAUCAUAAUGGUGUUGCUUAUUUUCAUACUCCAGAGGUAACUUCUGUCCCACCACCUUGGCCUUCACGUUCUAUGUCUAGUUCCCCUGUGAUGGUAGCUCAGCCAGUUUAUCAGCAACCUGCAUAUCACUACCAGGCCCCUGCACAGUGUCUACCAGGACAGUGGCAGUGGAGUGUUCCUCAGUCCCCUGCCACUUCUGCUCCAUUCUUAUACCUGCAACCUUCUGAGGUUAUUUAUCAACCAGUGGAAAUUGCACAAGAUGGUGGAUGUGUUCCUCCUCCGCUAUCUCUGAUGGAAGCUUCAAUUCCAGAGCCUUAUACUGAUCAUGGAGUUCAAGCAACAUAUCACCAGUAUUAUGCUCCAAGUGCCAUCGCUAUGCCUGCACCUGUGAUGCAGCCUGAACCAAUUAAAACAGUGUGGAGCAUUCAUUAUUAAGACAAUUGGGCAGCUCUAGUCCAGCUCAACUGAUUUCUUGUCCAAUGAUCCUUGUGUGGCCGAGAUCCAGCUUCAACGAACCGGCUAGAAGCUGCCCGUUGUGACACUUAGGGUUAGUUAAUACCUCGCCAUACUUAUUUAUUCCAUUAUAAGCUGUCUAAAUUUGAUGAAAUUUGCUUUUUCAGCUGUUCUACAAAACUAUUUAGGUAAUUGUGGCAUGUUGGUUUAUGUGUUAAUCUAACUGUAGUGACAUUAUCUACAUGUUUUAUCCAUUCCAUAAAUAAUAACCACAUUGGGAAUAGUGAGGUGUCUUUCAUUAUCUCUGCUUUGUGUUAUUUCUUUUCCUUUCAAUCUUUUAGAAGUAAUGUUUAAUAGCCUUUGCUAUUUAUUUUAAUAUUUAGGAUGAGUCCUCUCUAAUCGAAUUUUUAAUACUUUCAUGCUUUUUAGUAUAAGUACAUUUGAUCUUAA